CACUAGAGUGAAUGGAAUGGAAAAUCAUUGCUAUCACAAAUAUGGGGGAUGUAUUCCAAUGGUAUAUGCCGCCAUAUGCAGAGAUAUCACAGUCGUUUGAUUAUAACGGGACACUUGAAUAUAAUAGCGGGAGCAUACUUUCAGUCUGUUUCGAGCCCGAAGAGGAAAACAUAAUUUUCGAGUUCGAGAGUUGGAUUUGCAAAAUUUAUUUAAGCAUUGGGACAAAGAGAUUUUUAUUUCCUUGCUGUCCGUUUUAUCUUUGUUGUAAUCAAGUGCAUUUAUUUUAGUUUUUUUUUUCGUUGGUUGAUUUAAAAAAAAAAAUAAUGGACUACCUUACCUAUCUACCUUUAGAAGUUAUUCAACGGAAAUGAGUGUUUUUGAUAUUAGUUAGUGCGUGAUUUAAUCAAUAGAUUUAAUGGUUACCCCUCUGCCCUCUAAAAACUUAGUGCAGUACCUAGAUUUUGAUUUUUAAAUAUGUAUCAUACUUUGUAUACCCUUAAGGUACAUAAAUCUACGCAGUGAUUAUUACCUAUAUUUUUUUUUAUUGCAAAAACGCAAAUCAAAUUUUAAAGAUUAUUUGUGCAGACCUAUUUUUAGACUAAAUUUAUUGAUUUUGUGGUAAUUUUUUUUUGUCGUAUAUCAACAUAGCCCUUGAAUGUAUUUUUCUGUGAUAUUUUGUGUAUUUAAACGUUAAGCUUAGUUUGUUUUUGUGAAGACGAGAAAAAAAAAUACGAAAAAAAAAAUAAUAAAUAACAAUAAUGGAUGUCGCGAAUUCAAACCAAUUACCGUUAGACUACAGUUUAGGAUUUAAAAACGAAUUUAAAUCAAAUGAAUUCCCGCCCAACAAUGGUUUCCCCAGUAAUUUCCUGAGCAAUCAUCAUCAGCAACUGGAUUUACGAGAUGUAACAGCUAUGAUGGGACCUAUGGCGAAUUCAAAUAAUAGAAUACAAAUGGAUCAACAUCACGGAGGUCAACCAUUAUCAGCGUUUAAAGCGGUUAUGCCAAAAAAUAAAGCCGACGAUGAACUGCCUUUUGGAAUUAAUCGACUGGUGAAGGCGGAAUCCCGAAUAGCAACGGCACAAGAUGAGGACAACAACAAUUCAAUUACCCUAUCUGGGAAGAACCUCAUACGUUGCAAUGUACUGCUGGACAAUAUCGAAGGUGAAUCGUUGUCACGAUCUCGCAGUCAAUCGAGGUCAUCGCAGGUGGAUGGCUUCCGAACGAGAUCUAGAUCGAGUUCGUUGGAAUUGGAAGUUGACUCACCUCCGCCAUUAUCUCAUCAUAGAUCAACGCCGCCUGUGUGUUCGCCAGCGGUGAGCGGUGAAACUAUAUUGUCGACGGCGAGUCCUAAGAAAUCCGAAAUGUUUUCGGUAUCAGCCUUAUUAAGACGAGACGAGCCGAGGCUUUCAAAAUCUCCAUCAUCAGUGCAAACGAAUCCCUUCGAGGUGUUUCGACCGGGAUAUAAUGGCAACACAUAUGAUCCGGCGUUAUUUCCAAGGCCCAUGCUUUCGCCAUUCCCUCUUUUGGCAGCGUUUGCAUUCCAUCAAGGUCAACAGCAACCUAAUAUAAGUUCUAGUUUUCAUCCAACAUCACGACAAGAAGAAUUCUUCAGAUUAAGUAGCUUGAUGGUGCCAACGAUACAAGCACAAAAUGGUGGAAACCUUAAUCCUCAUUUAGGAUUACCGCACCCGCCACAUUUACAUUUUCAUCACAUGCCCAAAUGGCCGGGAUUGCCGCAAUUCAGUGACCUCUAUUCCUGCAUGAAAUGUGAAAAAAUGUUCUCAACGCCCCAUGGACUAGAAGUACAUUCCCGACGGACACACCAUGGCAAAAAGCCCUAUGCUUGCGAAUUGUGCAAUAAAACCUUUGGUCAUGAGGUUAGCUUAAGCCAACAUAGGGCAGUACACAAUGUUGAAAAGGUAUUUGAAUGCAAACAAUGCGGUAAAAGAUUUAAACGGUCGAGUACACUUUCCACACACUUACUGAUACAUAGUGACACGAGGCCAUAUCCCUGUAGUUAUUGCGGCAAACGAUUUCAUCAGAAGAGCGAUAUGAAAAAACACACCUACAUUCACACAGGAGAAAAACCACACAAAUGUCAAGUUUGUGGCAAAGCAUUUAGCCAAAGCUCAAAUCUUAUCACGCAUUCUCGAAAACAUACCGGUUACAAACCAUUCUCGUGCAAACUAUGCCACAAAUCAUUCCAACGAAAAGUAGACCUAAGAAGACACAAGGAGACACAACAUACAGACUUAAGGCCGCUCAUCGAAAGAAGUUUAACAAAACCAAAUUUCGGAAGUCCCGAUGGUGAUGGUGUCUCAUCACUGAAUUCUUCAAUUUCUUCAAUGAAUUGUCAAAAAGUGUCUUUAAUUGUAUAACAGCAAUGUGCAAUAAUUUUUUUUUUCAAUGUGUGUAUGUGAAAAUUUCUUGUUAAUUUAAUUCAUAGAAAAAAAAAACAAACCAGCAUCAUCGUAAUAAAAAAAAUAAAUAAAAUACAUUUUAAUAUCACUAUUUGUUGUACCUAUAAAUUAAAACAAAAAACCAAAAAAUUAAUAAUAAAAUUACUCAUAUUGAGGGUAUUUUUUAUUUUAAGUUUUCGUGAAAUAAUUAUAUAAUUCCUUCGAUGCCAAAAAUAAA